AUGGCUGCAAACAGCAACAUGAAUGGAACAAAUCCAAAGAUUACUGGGCUUGCUGUGAUUGGAAAGAAUAACAAUCCUCUCUACAUCCGCAACUUCACGAAUCAGCCAAGUCUCAAGUAUCAUUUUCUUGCUCAUACUUCCUGUGAUGUCCUGGAAGAAAAAGGCUUGCUGUAUAUUAUGGAAGAUUUGUCAGUGUAUGGAUACAUGACCAAUACUCGCAUCAAGUUUGUAUUGAUGGUGACUGUUGCAGAUACUGCAAUCAAGGAUCAGGAUAUUAAAGGAAUAUUUCGUAAAAUACACUCAGCAUAUGUAGAUUUGCAGUUGGAUCCAUUCUGGGAUCCUGAAACAUCUUCUAUGAUAUCCAAUCAGAAUUUCAUUCGGCAGAUUGACGCUAUUGUAAUGAAGAGUUCGUUUGCUUAA